UUACUAGUAGGUCUGACAAGUCUGUCUAGACAUUUUAUCGCUGAUAUUAUACAUAAAUAUAAAAUUAGGAUUGAUUCUUUUUAGACUUCCGUAUAGUACGGAUAUCGCAAGGCAUUAUUACACUAAAGGAAAGUAUAACGAUAUUACACUAGGUUUUAGACGGGAAGUAUAAGAAUAACACGAUUUAAAAAAGGGAUUUGGGACUGGUGUUUCUGGGAUGAAUCCUGGAGUCUAAAGAUGGCAAAUCUGUACAGUUUAAAAAAACAUUCGUGUGUCUUUCAGACUCUACGCAAACGGAUUUCGUACUGAUUUUAAGGCAUUAUUGCAGGAUUGUGAUUAUCCCUACACCUCGUCCCUGCAGACACACAUUCAGGCAGUGAAAUUAAAAAGAAUAGCUGUUGUUGCAGCUUGAAAAACUCCCAGGCUGGUUUAGCACAAAUUGACAUAGAUGGCUACAAAAUGUGCUGAAUUUAGUACUUAGAGAUGGAGACACUUUAAAGCAUAAUCAACAUGAGAACUUUGGAGUAGGAAACUCAAGACUGACAAAGGGCAUGGAUUUACCGCCACGCAAUACUGAAGAUAGCCAGGGGGUGGAGUUAAAACAUGUUAACAUAGUUACACCAAAUGCGGAGUGUCGGGAGAAUCUGGCAUUUACAAUUGAAUCUGAGGAUCGGGGUCCUCCACCCUACAGUAAUGGACACAAAUACACUCCUUCACACAACACUAAACCCCGGGCUGACUGGGUAAGCAGCAGUGCUAAUGGUCAUAUUACCACAAUUAAUAUACCCCCAAUAUCAACUCAAGAUGCAGAAGGUGGAGGAUUAUCUCCCCCUGAUGCAGGCGGGGGUAGACGGCGCCACCGGAGUGAAGGGGCACUCAACACACUGACCAUCACUAACAAUGCAGCAUCGCCAAAGUCAAACAAUCUGCUGGAUCCAAACCGUAAAAACUCCAUGUACGAGAGCCGAAGCACGAUCAGUGGCGUGAAAUUUGAUGACUCUUUUAUUGAAGAUAACAAGAGUUUUGACUACGGGUCUGAUUCGGACGGCGAUGAGAACGGCCUGACCCUGAUGUACUCCCGGCACGAGAAACUGCCCCUGAAGGACUUCUCUCUAGAGAUACGUGCGGCUAUGGACAUCCAGCGUUUCCUCAACAAUACAGUGCUCCUGUUGGACCUCAACAAAAUCAGUAUGGACGAAAUCAUUGAUGAAAUCCUUCACAAGAUGCUGGAUGGGACAGAGAGCGAGGUCAGCUUUGACCAGGCCCGGUCAGCUCUGUUUACACACGACUACGUGCACAUGCUGAGUCGGACAUUACAGUGUACCAGUAUAUCAGAGGGCGGAGGGUUUGACUACGACCAGAACUGGAUAUGCGCCAUGGCUAGUGUGCCGUCCAUUCUGACACGUCACGUGGGCAUCGCAAGGCUCCGCACCGCAGCUAAUCUGGGCACCAGUAGUCAGGAGGUGUACUUUAUAAUAGUAGUCCUCACUCCUAUAAAAGAGAAAGGAACUAAGAAUGAGUUAGAGACUGGACGAACAUUUUCCACAAUUUUCUCGGAUCUUGAUUUUCGUCUGAAUCUACUUGCUGCAACCACUGAAGAUGAGUUCAAGUCGAUCCUAGAACAGCACACCAAGGAGCUGGCUGACCGUCAGAUGAGUCUGACCAACAAAGUUACUUUGUACGACACUGAUAGUAGCAAGGGAGGUUGCAAGUGUGGUAUUUUCAAGGGUAUACGGGACGAUCUGCGUCGACGCUUCCCUCACUACAUAUCUGAUUACAAAGAUGGGAUCUUUGGACCAAAGACAAUUCAGAAGACUUUAUCUACAACACUGUUCCUCUACUUCGCCUGUCUCAUGCCCUCCAUUGCCUUUGGGGUCCUCAACGCAGAAAACACAGAUAAUGUGCUAACGGUGGAGAAGGUUCUGUACUCACAGACGUUUGGUGGCCUGGUGUUUGCUGUGUUUGGAGGGACGCCACUCAUUGUCUUACUCACCACAGCACCCCUCGCUCUCUACACAAAGAUUAUACACAGUAUCUGUGAGGAGUUCGACCUUGACUUCCGAGCAAUGUUUGCCUGUGUUGGUAUAUGGAACAGCUUCUUCCUCUUCCUGUAUGCUGCAUUUGAUCUCAGUGUCCUCAUGCAGUGGUCAACAAGAUCCUCUGAGGAAAUCUUUGCUCUAUUUAUCGCUAUAGCUUUCUGUGUAGAUGCCUUUAAAAAUACAGCAAAAAAUUUUGGGGAUCAUUACAACAUUCCAAAUUGCAACUCUGCGGGUGCGUCAGCCUCUGGGUUGGCCGCCGUCAGUAAUGCGACAGGCAAUAUGUCUGCCAACAUAUCGGAUACGAUAGUGGGAGCCACUAGGGACUGUGAGCAUGAUAUCAGCCUUCUCUACCUACUCCUACUGCUGGGCACUCUCUGGCUCGGAGUGAUGCUCUACAACUUUACCAAGACGCCUUACCUGAAUGCAGGCAAGAGAGAACUGUUAGCUGACUACGCCCUGCCAGUGUCGGUGGUCAUCAUGAGCCUUAUUGGUGCUUUGGCUUUUAAGGAUGUUGACCUUGGUAAGAGUUUUGAUGGAGUAGGCCACGGGUUCUCCAUCUUCAGUCUUGUCCCCUUCCACAAACUGUCGUGGGGGGCUGUGCUGGGUGGCAUGGGACUCGGCUUCUGUCUCUCACUCCUCUUCUUCAUGGACCAGAAUAUUUCCGCGGCACUGGUCAAUUCUCCCCAGAACAAGAUGAAGAAGGGCACCUCCUACCACUGGGACCUAGUCGUUGUCGCUAUCAUUAAUUUGCUUCACAGCCUGGUGGCGUUUCCCUGGGUGCAUGCUGCACUCCCACACUCCCCUUUACAUGUCCGUGCCCUGGCUGACGUAGAGGAACGGGUCGACCAGGGCCAUAUAUACCAGAUAAUAGUGAAGGUGCGUGAGACGAGGCUGACGGCCAUUUUGUCCCAUAUCCUCAUCGGUCUGUCUCUGCUUUUCAUGGAUGCCCUGUCCUUCAUCCCCACCCCAGUCCUGUAUGGCCUCUUCCUCUAUGUGGGGGUUACCUCCCUUGAUGGAAACCAGAUGUUUGAGAGGAUUAUGCUGCUAUUCACAGAACAAUCUGCUUAUCCCCCAAACCAUUACAUCCGCCGUGUGCCACAGAGGAAGAUGCACUCAUUCACCCUGCUACAGCUUCUUCAGCUCGUUGUCCUCUGUGGAUUUGGCUUUGCGCCCUAUCCCUACCUCAAGAUGUUUUUCCCUGUCCUCAUUUUCCUCCUCAUUCCUCUAAGACACAAAGUUAUUCCUCACGUAAUAGAACAUAAAUACCUGAAGGCUAUGGACAGUCACUAAACCAGUCUGAAGGAGUGAACAGCAACUUACGCGGAAAGGAAGUUACUACACAUAUCUGUGGCCUGAACAAAUUUAUACUUGAAUGUGGCAUUAAUAUGGCUUGAGGAUUGAGUAUCCUUUCUACCUUGUACUUAAGAGUGAGCGGGUUGGACAGGUGUUUGUCAGAUGUGUUCAGUGGACAAGAUGACUUUGUGUAUUAGAUGUGUUCGGUAGACAAGAGGACAUCAUCAGCAUUGAUUUAACAACUUACAUUGAUACAAGCUGAAUGCUGACACAGUCAAACCUGAUUGUAUUAAGGAUAUUUUAGUCACAGGAAGUCAAUUAUGUUCUUUGUGGUUUUAAUGACAAAUUGUGUAUAUUUGUGUAUAUAUUUGUUUUAUGUAUAUAAAUCCUUUGUUGGUAUAUAUUUAUACAUGUGCAGAUGUUGGUUGCUGUGUAUAUUUUUAGGAUCUACUGGUAGUACUAGAUGAUCUUGUUGUAUUUUGAGAUAUUUUAAAGUCAUAAUUUUUACAUUGUUACAAAAUAAGCCAAGUCUAUGAUAAGGUGCUACAUUGUGUUUAUAAGGACAGUUUUAUUCUAGUUUCUAUACAGAUAACAGUUCACCAUGUGUUGUCUAUCAAGACACAUAUAAAGUUACUAGACAAUACUUUAUAUACAGAAGGGUUAACGAAAGAAUUUUAAAUUGUACAGACUCAUUUUUACACUGAUAUUGUCUUGUUGAAGUUUACUUGAUAAUAUUAAUAAUAAUAUACAACAUUUGAUAUAGCGCCCUAUCUAGCUAACAUAAGCCAUUCUAAAGCACCUUA